AUACAGAGAUGGUCAUCAUAGACAAUUAUUUUUAAUUGCUUCAGUUUGAUUCUUUGUUGAGUUUCUUUCAGAAAUUGUACUUCUUUGCAAGUCUUUUCUCUUGUUGAUCUGUUUUUUUUUUUAAAAAAAGAAAACUAAAAAAAACUUUGACCUAUCCAUGGAAGCGAGCUGGCAUCAUCCACGGAGACGUCUAAGUGAUUAUCCGAACCUUUCAAUCGUUUCUUUCUUUGCCUGGAAUCCAUACAGAGCUAAAGGCCUUCUCCUUUUCUUCCUCCCGCUAUUUCAUUGAGCACUCAGUACCAGUGCUCUUGCGCACAUAUUUUCCCAAAUUAAGAUUUUCAGACCCGUGGAAAAUGGCUCUCGAAAGUGCUGGUGGAUCCAUUAUAGCUAUGCUCGCAGAACUCAUGGUGGAACCAGUAGGAAGGCAGUUCCGUUACAUGUUCUGUUUCAACAAUUUUGUUGAAGAAUUCAAAGAACGAAAGGAGAACCUUACUUUAGCACUAGAUGGUCUGCAAAAAGAUGUCGAAGCUGCUGAAAGGAAUGCUGAAGAAAUUAAGAAAGGUGUCAGAAAGUGGCUGGAAGAUGCAAACAACGAAAUUGAAGGUGCGAAGCCCUUGGAAAAUGAAAUAGGAAAGAAUGGCAAAUGCUUUACUUGGUGCCCAAACUGCAUGCGACAAUUCAAGUCAAGCAAGGCACUGGCCAAGAAGUCGGAGACUUUCAGAAAACUUUUAGAAACAAAGUUUACAAAAGUGGCCCACAAAGCUCCUCCUCAGCGCAUAGAAUUUCUUCCAUCAAAGGAAUUCACGCCCUCAGAAUCUUCAAAAGAAGCUUUGGAACAGAUUAUGAAAGCUCUCAAAGAUGACAACGCCAAUAUGAUCGGACUGUACGGCAUGGGAGGGGUGGGUAAAACCACCCUGGUGAAAGAAGUAGGCAGGAUAGCCACAGAGUCGCAGCUUUUUGAUGAAGUUUUGAUGGCUACGGUGUCGCAGAAUCCAAAUGUCAUAGACAUUCAGAACCGAAUGGCAGAUAUGUUAGGUUUGAAAAUUGAAGAAAACAGUAAAGAAGGGAGAGCAGAUCGAUUACGGCAGAGACUGAAGAAAGUGGAGAAGAUGCUUAUAACCCUGGAUGAUGUUUGGAAACAUAUUGACUUGAAAGAGAUAGGGAUCCCAUUUGGUGAUGAUCACAGGGGUUGUAAAAUUCUUCUAACAACUCGUCGUAAAAAUAUAUGUUCUUCUAUGAAGUGCCAGCAAAAAGUGUUCUUAAGAGUAUUACCUGAAAAAGAAGCAUGGGAUUUAUUCAGAAUCAAUGCAGGUUUAGAUGAUGGGGACUCUACCUUGAACGAAGUGGCAAGGGAUGUUGCGAGAGAAUGCCACGGCUUGCCUAUAGCACUCGUGACAAUGGGAAGGGCUCUAAGAGAUGAAUCUGCAGUUAAGUGGAAAAGAGUGUCUAAACAGCUCAAAAACUCUCAAUUUCCGGACAUGGAACAAAUUGAAGAAAAAAAUGCAUAUGCAUGUCUUAAGUUGAGCUACGAUUAUUUGAAGUCCAAGGAAACCAAGUUAUGUUUCUUGCUAUGCUGUUUAUUUCCAGAAGAUUACAACAUUCCAGUCGAGGACUUGACGAGAUAUGCAGUUGGCUAUGGGUUACAUCAAGAUGGGGAGCCCAUUGAAGAUGCAAGGGAACAAGUUCAUGUGGCAAUCAAAGACCUCAAAGCUUGUUGUUUGUUGUUGGGCACUGAAACUGAAGAACAUGUGAGAAUGCAUGACUUGGUUCGUGAUGUUGCUAUUCAGAUAGCAUCAUCAAAAGAAUAUGGAUUCAUGGUAUUGGAGAAGUGGCCAACGAGUAUUGAAAGCUUUGAAGGUUGCACAACAAUUUCGUUAAUGGGCAAUAAACUAGCAGAACUUCCUGAAGGAUUGGUAUGUCCACAGCUCAAAGUUCUAUUAUUAGAACUGGAUGAUGGUAUGAAUGUUCCAGAGAAGUUUUUCGAAGGGAUGAAAGAAAUUGAAGUUUUGUCUCUGAAGGGAGGGUGUUUGUCAUUGCAAUCACUUGAACUCUCAACGAAACUUCAAUCGUUGGUGUUGAUCAGGUGUGGAUGCAAGGACCUCAUUUGGUUGAGAAAGAUGCAGAGACUUAAGAUUCUUGUUUUUAAGUGGUGCUUAUCCAUUGAAGAAUUACCUGAUGAAAUAGGAGAGCUCAAGGAGUUAAGGUUGUUGGAUGUGAGAGGUUGUCAAAGGCUAAGAAGGAUCCCUGUGAAUUUGAUUGGAAGGUUGAAGAAGUUAGAAGAGCUGUUGAUCGGGGAUCGCAGCUUUAAGGGAUGGGAUGUUGUUGGAUGUGACAGCACAGGAGGAAUGAAUGCAAGCCUAACAGAACUAAAUUCGUUGUCUCAGUUAGCCGUAUUAUCAUUGAGGAUACCGAAGGUUGAAUGCAUUCCCAGAGAUUUUGUUUUUCCAGUUAGCUUGCGCAAAUAUGAUAUAAUAUUAGGGAAUUUGUUUGUGGUAGCCAAUUAUGGAUACCCAACCUCGACAAGAUUAAUUUUGGCUGGUACAUCAUUACAUGCGAAGACAUUUGAGCAAUUGUUUUUACAUAAAUUAGAAUUUGUAAAAGCGAGGGGUUGUGGGGAUGUUUCCACUCUGUUUCCAGCAAGAUUGCGGGAAGGUUUAAAAAAUCUAAAGGAGGUGAUUGUUGACAGCUGUAAAUCAUUGGAAGAGGUAUUUGAAUUGGGUGAGGCUGAUGAAGGAAGCAGUGAGGAGAAGGAGAUGCCGCUGCUGUCAUCUUUAACACUGUUACAGCUGUACAGGUUACCUGAGCUCAAAUGCAUAUGGAAGGGGCCCAGCAGAAAUGUCAGCUUACAAAGUCUUGCUCAUCUGAAUUUGAAUUAUCUCGACAAACUGACAUUUAUCUUCACACCGUCCCUCGCUUACAGUCUGCCAAAGCUAGAAAGCCUUCGCAUAAGUGACUGCGGUGAAUUGAAGCAUAUUAUCAGAGAAGAGGAUGGUGAAAGGGAAAUAAUUCCAGAGUCUCCUUGCUUCCCAGAAUUAAAAAAUAUCAACAUAUCUUUCUGUGAUAAACUGGAAUAUGUCUUCCCAGUCUCUUUGUCUCAUAACAGAGAUGGCAUCAUCAAGUUCCCUCAACUAAGAGAAUUGUCUCUUUGGCUCCGAUCAAAUUACAGCUUUUUAGGCCCAAGGAAUUUUGAUGCUCAAUUGCCUUUGCAAGAAUUAACCAUUCAAGGCCACGAAGAAGUGGGUAAUUGGUUGGCACAGCUACAACAAAACGGCUUCUUACAAAGAUUAGAAUAUGUACACGUGUACGAUUGUGGGGAUGUUUGCACUCCGUUUCCAGCAAAAUUGCUGCGAGAUCUGAAAAAUCUAAGGAGGGUGGAAAUUGAGGACUGCAAAUCAUUGGAAGAGGUAUUUGAAUUGGGUGAGGCUGAUGAAGGAAGCAGUGAGGAGAAGGAGCUGCCGUUGCUGUCAUCUUUAAUAACGUUACAGCUGUCAUGGUUACCUGAGCUCCAAUGCAUAUGGAAGGGGCCCAUCAAGCAUGUCAGCUUCCAAAGUCUUGCUCAUCUGUAUUUGAUUUUUCUCGACAAACUGACAUUUAUCUUCACACUGUCCCUCGCACAAAGUCUGCCAAAGCUAGAAGGCCUUUACAUAAGAAAUUGCGGUAAAUUGAAGCAUAUUAUCAGAGAAGAAGAUGGUAAAAGGGAAAUAAUUCCACAGUCUCCUGGCUUCCCAAAAUUAAAAUCUAUUUUCUUAGAAGACUGUGGAAAACUGGAAUAUGUCCUCCCUGUCUCUGUGUCUCCAAGCCUUCUGAACCUGGAAGAGAUGAGGAUUUUUAAAGCUCAUAAUUUAAAGCAAAUAUUUUACAGUGUAGAAGGAGGUGCACUCACCAGAGAUGGCAUCAUCAAGUUCCCUGAGCUAAGAAGACUGUCUCUUUCAAAUUGCAGCUUUUUUGGUCCAAAGAAUUUUGCUGCCCAAUUGCCUUCUUUGCAAAUUCUAGAAAUUGAUGGCCACAAAGACUUGGGAAAUUUGUCUGUACAGCUCCAAGGGUUGACAAAUUUGGAAACAUUUCGCUUGUACUCCCUGCCUGACAUGAGGUUUAUAUGGAAGGGUCUCGUGCUGAGCAAAUUGAGUACUUUGGAGGUGUUCAAGUGUAAGAGACUGACACAUGUAUUCACAUGUAGCAUGAUUGUCAGUCUAGUUCAACUGGAAGUUCUCAAGAUAUUGUCCUGUGAGGAAUUAGAGCAAAUCAUUGCUAAGGAUGAUGAUAAAAACGACCAGAUAUUGUUAGGAGAUCAUCUCCAAUCUUUAUGCUUUCCCAAUUUGUGUCAAAUUGACAUUAGAGAAUGCAACAAGUUGAAGAGCCUCUUCCCAGUAGCCCUGGCUUCAGGUCUCCCGAAGCUCCGAAUACUUAGAGUAAGUGAAGCCUCUCAAUUAUUAGGAAUCUUUGGGCAGGAUGAUCAUGCUUCACCUGUCAACGUUGAGAAGGAGAUGUUGCUUCCUAAUCUGUGUGAAAUUGAGAUUAGAGAAUGUAACAAGUUGAAGAGUCUCUUCCCAGUAGCCAUGAUUGUCAGUCUAGUUCAACUGAAAGUCCUACAGAUAUUGUCCUGUGAGGAAUUGGAGCAAAUCAUUGCUAGGGAUAAUGAUGAUGAAAAGGAUCAGAUAUUGCCAAGAGAUCAUCUUCAAUCUUUAUGCUUCCCCAAUUUGCGUGAAAUUGAGAUUAGAGAAUGCAACAAGUUGAAGAGCCUCUUCCCAGUAGCCAUGGCUUCAGGUCUCCCAGAGCUCCGAAUACUUACAGUAAAAAAAUCCUCUCAAUUAUGGGGAGUAUUUGGGCAGGAAGAUCAUGAUUUACCUGUCAACGUUGAGAAGGAGAUGGUGCUUCCUAAUCUAAAUGAGCUGUCGCUGGAACAAUUAUCAAGUAUUGUCUAUUUUAGUUUCGGAUGCUGUGAUUUCUUAUUCCCUCGUUUGGAGAAGUUGAAGGUCCAUCAAUGUCCAAAGCUGACCACAAAAUUUGCUACUACACCAGAUGGUUCAAUGAGCGCUCAAUCAGAGGUAUCUGAAGUAGCUGAAUAUUCAAGCAUUAAUAGAGAGUGGAACAGAUAUAACUGGUGGAAAGAAGAUGGAGACUCGUGUCUUUGAGCUGUGAAUAUAUUUGGGCAUUCAUGGUGACAAUAGGUGACUGAGACUUGAUGCUGUACAAUUUGUUCAAAAGUUUGAUAUCAUGUUUUCCUAGCAGAACAAUCUCAUGUUGAAUGGCUUUUUCGAGCAGAUACUCUAAAAUAUAUUAAAUCAAUUUACGAAAGUCGUAUAUGAUAUAACCUAAAUUUAACUACUUCUUGAAAUCUCCUUGUUGUAAUAUUAAUUGUAUAUGCUUCAUAUUAUAUUUUAAAUUAAAACAUUUGUUAUUCUUACCAUAACAAAUU